AGGCGCGGGGGGGAGCAAGGAGCAUGAAACUGACAGUAAACACAGCAGCAGCACGUAGAGAAAGCUGCCUCGAGUUUCCCCUCGCCCUCCCUUCUGCCUGGAGCCGCCCUCAAUCAGGAGAGCUUCUCCAGCUGUAGCAUUGCUGAGGUAACAGUGCAUACGGAUCUGGCAGUCAUUUCAAGGAAACCUUACUAGAAGUAUCGCCCUCCCCGUUGUCCUUAAGGCCAGUCUCUGUUGCCAGGAAGGAGAGGAGAGGCGCAAGAGGCUGUGAGGGAAGAGAAUUGUAGGAGAAGAUAAAGGUGUGGGCAAACUUUCUAGCUGCUUCUUGCUUCAGCUACCACCCAGAAGUGGGAGUGUCUGUGUCUUUGGCCAUAAAGAGCUGCAAAGCCCAAAUGUCAAAGAGUCCUGAGGCUGCAAAGGAGACCUCCCUGCUGCCUUUGGAGGAGGAACUACCUUCAGCUCCAGUGCUUCCUUAUACAACUAAGUGGGUACGUUGACAAUGACUCAAAUCAAUACAACUUUGUAUUCUGCAGAGUAAGGAUGGGAAUGAUGGAAUGUGGCUUGUUACUGACGCGUACCACGACAGCCUGAGUAUUUCACAUAAGAUGUCCAAAACUAGACUGGACAGAGUACUAGAAAAUGCAACUGUAGAGAACAAUCCUGCAUUGGCAAGGAUUACUUGGAACAAUAAAUAAUAUAUUUUUCCAGGUCAUUUUAGAAGGACUUUGGGCUUUCACAUUAGACUGUAGUCUCAACAAUAAACAAACCCCAAACCUGUCAGGGAAUAAUCUUCUACUGUACGUCACUUCAGAAAGAGUCAUGUUGAAUUGCCUGUCUCUUUUUCCAUGUCUAUAAAUAAUCAAUGCCUGCUUCUGCUCUGCUGAGGAAAUUCUCAAAAUGUGCACACAUGUCAGAAGCUAAUUAACAGAUUUACUGCUGAAAAAUUGGUGAGGCUACACCAGGAUCAAAUGAUACAGUAAGAGCUUUUGAGGAAAGAAACUGAGAUUUAUCUCAAAGAUCUGUUGCAGAACAACUGAAAAGAGAGAGAGAAUGGACAACUUCUGAAGAUUUUUAUUAGAGAACAAAAAUCAACUGGAAACAUAAGGUGGACUUGGAGGAGUAAGAAACUUUAAAAAGCAUCCAGAAAUUGCUAAUUCCCUGGUUUGGCUCAAGGUCUUGGGGUAAUGGAUACCAUUGAGACUGCAAAGCUUGAAGAGCACAUGGAAGGUCAAAACAAUGACACCUCAAAUGGUUAUGUUCGACCUACCCUAUCUGUCAGUGAGGAAAGCAAAAAUGGCAAUACCAAACCUAAGGGUUUACCUAAUGGUUUGCGAAAAAGCACAAAGAAAUAUCCAGACUAUAUUCAGAUUUCUAUGCCUGCUGAAUCUAGGAACAAAUUUCCUUUGGAAUGGUGGAAAACAGGCAUUGCCUUUGUGUAUGCUCUCUUCAAUUUAAUUCUAACGACUGUCAUGAUCACCGUGGUUCAUGAGAGGGUACCUCCCAAGGAGCUUAGUCCUCCAUUGCCAGAUAAAUUUUUUGAUUAUAUUGAUCGUGUGAAAUGGGCUUUUUCUGUAUCAGAAAUAAAUGGAAUGAUACUAGUUGGAUUAUGGAUAAUCCAGUGGCUAUUUCUCAGAUACAAAUCAAUAGUGGGACGCAGGUUCUUUUUUAUAAUUGGAACUUUGUACCUGUACCGCUGUAUUACCAUGUAUGUUACCACCCUACCUGUGCCUGGAAUGCAUUUUCAGUGUGCUCCAAAGUUGAAUGGAGAUUCACAGGCUAAGGUGCAGAGGAUCCUACGAUUGAUUUCUGGUGGUGGUCUGUCUAUAACUGGAUCACAUAUCUUAUGUGGAGACUUCCUGUUCAGCGGUCACACAGUAGUGCUAACACUCACCUACCUGUUUAUCAAGGAAUACUCACCUCGCCACUUUUGGUGGUAUCAUUUGAUCUGCUGGUUGAUGAGUGCCGCUGGUAUAAUCUGCAUUCUUGUUGCCCAUGAACACUACACUGUGGAUGUUAUCGUUGCUUAUUAUAUCACCACAAGGCUCUUCUGGUGGUACCACUCAAUGGCUAAUGAAAAGAACUUGAAGAUCUCUUCACAGACUAAUUUUCUCUCUCGAGCAUGGUGGUAUCCGAUAUUUUAUUUCUUUGAGAAGAAUAUACAAGGCUCAGUUCCUUGCUGUUUCUCAUGGCCAAUAUCUUGGCCUCCUAGCUGCUUCAAAUCUUCGUGCAAAAAAUAUUCACGGGUUCAGAAGACAGGAGAGGACAAUGAAAAAUCCACCUGAAAGAAAGAUGAAGAAAGGAAAGAAAUCAUCUGCUCUUCAUUUUACCAAAAUAUUAAUGCUAUAACCAAAGUUCUUAAAAGGACUAGAUUGUAGGGGAAUAAGUGGACCAAAUUCUUGUGCAAUUGUACAAGACGAUUGUAGACAAAAUAAAACACCCAUUGACAUGUUUUCUAUUCAUCACAUUGUACAGAGCUAUUCUACUCUUCAGUACUAGGAGUGCACCACAGAUAGGAUUUUUCCCUGAGAAAGAAAAGAAGCAGGAGUUUGAUUUACUUAUGAGAUUGAGGUGCCAAAGAACACAUCACACCUUUUAUUAAUUAUCACUCAUCCACAAAAAUCUCAUCUUUAGAGUUCUGGAGUUUGAGGGCAAAAGCAUACUAAAAUUUAAAGUUACAAUAUCUGCCUACAAUGGUGGGAAGUGGUUUACUGUAUUCUUCUUGCUAAUGAAGGUACGACUUACGAUACAUGACUGGUGAAGCCGGAAGUGAGCCUUGACAUUUUAUGCUCUAUGGGAAUGAAUGUACUAUGACCCUGAAGUACUCCCACCUCCCAUGUACUCUGAUAUACCAAUUUUUUUACAUUUUGUAUUGGUAAUUUUAUUUUUUAAAAAACAAAACAAAAAAAAAAAAGAACCUGAAAAAGAAAGCUGUUGUGAUAUGAUGACAUUACAAAUUAUAAAUAAUAGCUGCUAACAUCAUUGGAGCUCUACAAGCAUGGAAGUAUUUUUAUUUUUAAAACAGAUCUAUGUAACAAGAAGAAAAUUAUUUCAAAGUCUAAACAGUUAAUGGCAAGUUAGCCUGGCUCUGUAUGUAUUAUGUGUAUAUAUAACUAUGUAAUGCAUAUAGGUGUAUAUAUACAUACUUUUGUGUAUUCAGACACAUUAACCAAUAUUAGAUAAAUGAAAAGAAAGCUGUGUAUAAUGUGUUAUUGUAAGCAAAAACUCCCACUGAUUUUUCCUUCACCUGCUUCAAUACUGCAAAAUCAGUUCCUAAAUGGGAAAUGUAAAAAUCAAACAUUUUAAAUUUUUAGUUGUUAUAUCUUGAUGACACUAUAUAAACAUUGUGCUUGAGAGCCUGAUGUUAUGCAUUUAGAGGUUUGGGGGUUUUGUUUUUUGGUUGUCUUUUUUUUUGGUGGUUUUUCUUUUUUUUUAUUUGAUUUCUUUUUUUAUAAACCGUUGGCACAAAUCUCAGUGACUCAUAAACAGGUGCUAAGGUGAAUACACUCCAACAGCAACACUUCUUCCACUGUUACCUAACAAUAUUUAUUAUUAAAUGGUGCUGUCAUAUGACUGACCCCGCUAUUCCUUCCUAUCAGGACUUGUUUGUCCAACCAAAGUAUCUACACAGGUAUGUUGGUUUAGUAUGUGGGAAUACACAACUUUGUUCGUGUACAACUGAACUGCAGAUUAGCAGCUAACCUGGUCAACGUUGUUUUUGUUGUAUUUCAUGUUGUUCUUGGGGAAGCAAAGUGGAUACUGGGCACCCCAGAGUUUAACAGUUAAUUUGUUCUGUAUUCAUUUCCUCAGCUACUCAAGUGUUUUAUUUCAAAACCUUCAGUAAAAGCUGAUCAGAGAGGCAAUAAUUGUGUUAAAUUAACCUGUAACCUGAGUGAAAAAUUUGCUCUCAUCUUUUAGAAUGCCUUGACAAGUGUGAACACUAAAAAGAAAAUUAAAUAAUGACAUUCUCAUUUUAAAAAUAUCCUGUUAGAAAAAUUGCUACAAAUAAAAUGAAAUAUACGGUA